CUUCCGCUAGCAAUGGAGGUAUAAGCUCUGUAGAGACGGUGUCUCGUUCACAGUUUCUCAUUGCGACUGUACCGAAACACAGCUCCAAUAGAUUUAAAACACUCUUGUUCAGGAUUUGAAGUGGAAAAUUCUUUGGAACUGGUGACUUUUGUCACUACCCUUUUCAACCAUGAUUCCUUCAUUUGUUAAACGACUGUCCAGCAGACUAUCAUUCACGAAACAAACCAGUGACAAGAAAGACAGGACUGACAAAGUUGAUGGACGUCCAUCUUUGUCUCGUCAGUCCACAAAGGAACUUGACAAGAAAGAUGAGGAUAAGUCAACUCCAGGAAGGUCGGGCUUGCAACGAAGAUCAACUUCCAACAAAACGCCCUUGUCAAAACGGCCCACAAUUCAGCUGGACAGUGAAGAUUCAGUGACCAGAAAGUCGUCCCGCCAAGUGACAUUUGAAAAAAAGAAGUCCUCAGAAUCUGAUGGAUCUGCAUCAACACCAACUAGGAAGUUGUCCAAAAAAAUAUCAUCAGCUGGUAAAAAUGUUUCCUUGACAUCAAAACCAGUUCUGGCAGGUCGAGCACCAUCUUUGACUGCAAAAGCCCAUCAGUGAUGUC